AUGGAACAGUAUCAGCAGUACGUAACACAAGUCAAGGAUGAGGAGGAAGAUGACGAGCUCGAUAACUGGAUACCGCUAAAGCAGGAGCAAGACCUCGACGAGCGCGUUCCCGCUGUCGUACCCAAAGCCGGAUCAUCUGGCGAGGGCACUCUUACUUCCUAUAGACGAGAGAAUAAACGCGAUCGAUUUCGAGAGAUCCACCGUUCCACCGGUAAACGAGGACGCAGACAAAGAGACCCCCAGCGACUACCAAAGAGAGUGUACCUAGCAGAGAAAAAACGAAAAGUCGAAGCCAUGAGCCACCAGCCCGGCAUCGUUGAUACACGGAACUCUCGAAUCAACCAGGAGCUCGAUGACACCCGCAAGAUGAUAGAAGACCUCAAAGCGCGCCAAAGAGUGGGUGCACCGAAUACACAAACCUCGCCACCUCAUCAAGAACCCGAGCCAAGCGUUAUGACCAAGGAAACACGUAACAUAGCAGCCAUAAGAGCGGAUAUAGCACGGCUGGAGCAGGAACUAAAAGAAGCGUGUCGGGAGGGCGAGAACGCCAUACGCGAUACCCGCGCCGCCGAUAACAACGACGGCGAUGUUGAGGCUCUGGAGAAAGAGCUUGCGAGGGAGCAAGGGAAGGAUAGGGCGAUGUUUAGGAGGAUGCAGAAAGCGCUCAAGAAGGAGCAGGAAAAGAGUGAAGAAGUGCAUAGUGACUCACAUCAGGUCAACGAGCAGGAGGUCGGCAUGACAGGCUGGUCGGGACUUCGUGAUCUACCGAUUAGACAACUCAUCAAGGUUGAAGACGAAGAUAUGGAGUUUGAGAACGAGGAAUAG